GCCAUCACAGCAGGCUUCGUCGCCCACAUGACGCCACCACAGACGCCCGGCAGUCCGCCGCCUGACAUGGACGUGGUGCCACUCAAUCAAUCACUUUUCCACAACUACCUGCGCGCCCUCUAUGCCUUCGAUCCGGCAACGAGUGCCAUGCCAGAGGAAGACACUUCGCUUGCCACUGUCGCCAUCAGACCUGGCGACCUCAUUCUGGUGCAUUGCAUACAUGCGAAUGGCUGGGCUGACGGCACUGUACUCAAUACUGGCGCCCGUGGAUGGCUACCCACCAACUACUGCGAAGCGUACGACCACGCCUAUUUGCGCAAUCUUCUCAACGCCAUGACUCAAUUCUGGGACCUGAUUGGCGCCGAAGAAGAUGCAAAUCUGUCGACGUUCGUAAGGCAAGACUAUAUCAGAGGCUUAAUCGCCGGCGUCAGAUGUCUUUUGGAGCGAGCUGACUGCUUGCAUCGAGAAUCCCCAACAGUCAAGCGACAUGCCGGAGUACGGAGGAUGCGCAAAGGGCUCUUGGCGGAUUUGUCCACGUUGGUGCAGAUCGCAAAGAGGCUGCAAGAGACCAUCAGCGAACCAUUUGCCGGAGAAGUUGUCCACGUGCUGCUCGAUGACUUGAUCUGCAAAGCAUUCAAGGUCGUUACUAGAGCGGUCAGCUUCACUGACGUCUGGACUCAAGACACUGGCAACGACUCCUUACGAUUAAGCAUGUACGGGAAGCCAGUAUCGGAGGCCCAUCUGGAGAUUGACACGGCAAUGUCGGCAUCGAAGGACAUGGCCGGUCCAAUCGACUCUGGAAAGCAUCUACCGGAACUCGGCGUGCGUGCGGAUGCUUCCCACGAGCCACAAGACGAACGCCAGAGCAUUGACGAGAAAGCCCCGCGCCACUCGGUGGUGUUCACGCCUCCUGAUGGCGUCGUCGCUCAUCGUCUCUCCACCAUAACAAAGGACAAGAUUCCCCACGGCUUAGGAUUACUAGCUUCUGAGCAACUCGCAAAUGUACACGACGUCUGCAUCAGUCACAUCGGUGCAUUCAUUGGCCACCAUUUGCAUGCAAGACCUGCUUCUGAGCUGGUUGCCACUACUGAGCGCCUUGUGAAAGCGUGUCGAAGCAUGCUCGCCAUUAUCGACGAAGUAUAUACGCAUGACCCGCUAGCAUCGCCAUCCGUGCAGCAGGUGAAGAAGGACUUCGAAGUGAAAAUAGAAGAGCUGGCAAAGUCCACUCAGGAUGUGUUCAGAUUUUCUGAAAAUCCAGAGGACGACAUCAUCAUGCUGCCCGGCCAGACCGACCAUUUGAUCAACCUAGGCACCAGCAUGAUCAGCAAUACUGGGCAAUGUGUGGUCAAGACACGGCAACUGAUCGAGCAAAUUGGAGAUUUCGAGCUCAAAUCCGCAGGUACUCAGACAUCUAGGAGCAGCCGUGAGAUUCAGCCUGAACAGUCGGUGGCAGCGCCCGAGGAGCCCGGCGAGCGAGAUGUCAAAGCAGAAAAUCGACAAUCCAUCGACAUGAAGCUGACGCCGCCACCCGCUGCGCCUCCACCAGUGCCAGAGGAAGCACGCACCGUUGUAGAAGCGGAAAGUCCUCUCGCAACGUCUGCAGAGGCAGGAUCGUCGACCGAGGAAUUGAACAAGGACUUGCCACCACUACCUGUGUCGAAUCAUCGGAGGUCAAUGGUUCGAGCCUCGCAUACUUCAAGUAUUCAUGGCGUGGAGUCGCUGAAAAGCCCACGGACCUUCCGCUCUGACUCUAUCAGCCCAGCCCGAAAGGAUAGCUUUGGCAUCUCGAUAGCAGGCUCUACGGAGACAUUUUUCAGCAGCACACGAGAUUCAAGCAUGACUGCUGCUUCCCAAGCUUCUACUAGGGCAACGACUCCUGAACAGUCUAAGGACUCUACAACUCCGGACCCAGCAAUGAUGGAUAGCUUCGCGAGCCUGUCUAGCAUGCGCUCGCUGGGUACGGAGGCCAGCUUAGACGUGGAGGCGCAGCUCCUGCAGAAGACCUUGGUGGAACAGCUGACAACACACGACGUGGCACCAGAUCCACAAUUUGUGACCGCCUUCUUCCUGACGUUUCGAAAGUUCACGGAACCCCGAGAAUUCGCCCGGGCCCUGAUUGACAGAUUUGAUUAUAUCGGCGAGAGCAAGACGAGUGGCACCCCCGUGCGACUACGCAUUUACAAUGUCUUCAAAGGCUGGCUGGAGACGUAUUGGAGCGCGGAAGCUGAUAAGGAUGCUCUUGGCGAAAUUCGCUUCUUCGCCCUCCACAAGUUGAAGCAGGUGCUGCCCACGGCUGGUGACCGUUUGAUAGAGCUGACGCGGAGAAUCACUGAGGCCUACUCAAAUGGAACCAUUGACGGUCCUCUGGUCUCCGGCGUUGGGAAAUCAAGCAUGUCGAUCAGCACGCAGACCAGGAACGAUAUGCCGGACUCCGUAGUCACCAUUCGGCAGCUCAACGCUCUUCGACUCGCGGCAGAGGGUGGAACGCAGUGCAGCAUCGUGGAUUUCGAGCCCGUUGAGGUUGCUCGGCAGAUUACUCUACUUGUCGCGAAAACCUACUGCGAGAUCCGUCCCGAGGAGCUGAUCAGUAUGGAAUGGUCAAAGGUCAACACCAAGAAGGCCAAGAAUGUGCGUAAGAUGUGCAUGCUCAAUACUGAUCUGGCACACCUUGUUGCCGACACGAUCCUGGCCCCAGAUUCAGCCAAGUCCCGAGCAGCCAUGAUCAAACAAUGGGUCAAGGUGGCAGUUGCAUGCCUCGACCUCAACAAUUACGACUCGGUCAUGUCUAUUAUGUGUUCUAUCAACUCUUCGCCGGUGCAACGGCUCAAGAAGACAUGGGACGUGGUUAGCAAGAAGACCAAGGCCCGCUUGCAGGAAUUGGACAAGGUUACCGACAUGUCCAAAAAUUACAACAGCCUACGUCGCCGUCUCGAAGCGCCUGCGGCGCCUUGCCUGCCAUUCCUAGGUGUCUAUCUGACGGACCUGACGUUCGUCAUCGCCGGGAAUCCUAGGAAGCGACAUGUGCCUGGCAGCGUGACCGAAAGCGGCGAAGAGCUUUCUGUCAUCAACUUCGACAUGUACAUGCGCAUCGCCAAGAUCAUUAGCCAUCUACAGAGAUUUCAAGUGCCUUAUCGGCUCAAGACGGUGCCUGAAAUGCAGACGUGGAUGGAAUUGCACCUCGCGCGCAUGCGUGCAGGCCACGAUGAUAUGGUCGGCACCUUCCACCGUCGGAGCCUCUUCAUUGAGCCAAAGGAC